AUGCUGCAACAUAUUGCUAUCGACCACCUUGGCUCUUGCCGCAAUGAUCCCACCAAAUGCAGCUCCUACUGCGGAUUCGGCUUUGUUGCUACAGAGACCAUCGAUGGAAAUUUGGAUAGUGUCCCAGUGUUGAGCAUUUGCGGGGUCUGCAAAUGUCCUGCGGCAUCUCAUAUCAAGGAUGUACCAGAUCAUCUCAAGGCACCACCGAAGCUCUCUCCUGUCGAUGUCACCGUCUCUGGCUCUGAGGCAGUAUCAGGGAAUAUCAAGCCAACUUUCAAUAGCGCUAGGCCAGAGAUCGAUGUCAAUGCAACGAAGGAUGCUAUCUACAACUCUUGCUCAUCCAGCCAGAUUUCAGCGAUCAUCAGCAAGAAUGGCAAAGAUAUGAUGCCACCCAAGAAGCGGAAGAAGACUGCAACUACUACCGAAUCUGAUUCGACAUCUGGUACCAAGCAGCCGAAGAAGACAAAGGCUUCUUCCUCCCAGGACGACGACUCGCUCACAGUAUUUAUGAUCACCCUAGUCAGUGAGACGUCAGUGGUGUGGUCUGCGAAGUUUGAACAUGUCAGCACCCAUGCAUUUAUCGCACUUCGUACUGCUCGCUUCGUGCGUGAGGUGCAAGUUCCUAAGAAGGCAACAAGCUUUGUGGUGAUCAGCCUGAUCGAGGAUGCAUUCAAGGACCUUAUUCGUCCUGGCCGCUGGUGUGUAUUGCGUGGGGAUUCUUCUGCUGAACGCAAAGGUCACCGCACGAAGUUUAAGCCUACAAUCCUUGUAUCCAACAACCAGCUUGAUUACAAGGCUCUGAAAUUUUCCGCUUACAACACCCAGCCUCGCGAUGUGAAAAGUGGCGAGUAUCUGAACCUUGUGUGGAUCGCACGUUCACGUGGAGAGCCUGAUAUUCCUGUUCCUUCUGUAUUUGAGCCUGAUGGUGACAUCGAUGAUGAUGUUUCAGGUCCUAGCGAUAAGCAUGCUCCCACUGAUGAUCCCGAAGCUGGCAUGAACGGUUGCCAGGGUGUGAACUCCGUGACGCAACCUCUGUUUUUUCCACCCGCAAGUGAUUCUGAGGCUGCAUGGGAUUGUUCUAGCAUACCGGAUGGACCAAGUGAGGCCACAGGGACAUCCAAUCUAUCUAAUAGCUUCCCCUUUGGUAUUGCUGAACCAGAUUUCAGUCACCUGGCACCGGAACUUGCAGGGUUCAGCAACAACUUCGAUGGUGGAAUUUUCUUCAACGGUGUUUCUGGGUCACAUACAGCGAAUUUCCAGCAGUUUAAGUUUGAGGCUGCUACAUCCCCAGAAACGUUUCAACACAAUUAUAUUCAUCCUCAUGACAAUUCACACAUCAAGAGUAACACCAGCACGAGUCCGAUAUAUACACCGCAAGUUCCUACUCCUGCAGCAAGCACAGUCCGGUCGUCCCCAGCUGGUGAAGUGAAUCCAGCUCCACCAGCGCCAGGUGCCUUCGUGGAUAACACUUUCCCUCCGACCUUCUGGAGGCUUCACCGAUUGCACACAAACAUGGCAGUCCUAUCCACGCAGCAUGUGAAAUGGUUUUUGACAGGUCUAUCGAGCCAUCCGGUCCCAAUCUUCUUCAAAGACAUCAAGGGACUACAGCCAGUUCUCAAGGCACAUAUCGAGAAGCUAGUUGCUUUGUCAGGAGACGAGAAGUCUAACGCCAUCAAUGCGUUCCUCGUCUUUCUGGAUCAGCUGCUUCGGGAUCUCAUACAGCCAUUCAUUGAGCUUGCGGUAUUCAUCUCUGCAUCUUCCGUAGUCCCCCCUGAAAUUGAGAAACGCUUCGAUGACACUUUUGCUGUCGGACCAGGUGGUGUUGGCAUGUUGAUCUCGUUCUUGAUGGACUUAUUCAGGAUGCUUGGUGCACUGCCCAAAAAUGUGUCUCUGGAUGCCUCGGGCGCUAGCGCACAGAGUUUGUUCCACGGUCUCCCAUCCCAUCUCAUGGUACUGCUGAUUCAUCUCCGAACAAAAUACCACCGUGGGCUUUGGGAUGCUGAUGGCUGUCGUGACCUUAUUUACAUUCUCCACAGCCAUGGCGAUAAGCUUCCGGUUGGAACACUGGAGUCAAACUUAUAUGCGUGUUUUUCGCAGAUUAACAUUACGGAUGAUCCGCUAAAGAUGGAACAUAUCAAGUUCCUCCUUUCGAGUGCCUUUGGGAGCCUGUCUGACCCAACGCAGAUGUGCCAUGAUGCCAUCUGUACUGGUCAAUACGGUCUGGAUGGCUUCUACUCUUCGGUUGUUGUUCCGAUGCUCGAUGAUAUUGAAUAUGAUGCAGAUGGAUACUCCGACUUAUUGGCUAUUCUCGCAAAGCUGUGUAAGGGACUGGCUCGUAAAGCGGGAAAUACUAUCAAGUCGUAUAAGCCACCAUCGGAGGAGAAGCAAGAUAAAGACAAGGUUAGACAAGCGAGCAGAGCAGGGAGGUCUCAAAGGCAGACACGGUCAUCGAAGAAGGGUGCGGACGCACCUGGUGCGAUGUUAAACUCGAAGACUGGCUAUUAUCGACAGAAGAAGUCUAGUGAACAUGGCCAUGAUUACGAAACUGACAGUCCGGAUGACAUGACAAAUACCGACUCACUUGAAUCCGACUACUACACCAAAGUCAAGCCAAAUCAACCAGAUAUCAAGUUUCGGCGCCAGGAAGCGUUAUUUGCUCUUACAAUUUUUAAAGUGAAACCAACGUUCACUUAUGUCCCAGGCUCUUCAAGCGAAGACCAGUCCAAGUACAACUGGGACGACUUCGACGCAAUCUCAGACAAGUAUUCACGAUUAGGUAGAAAGCCGAAGAAGGCCAGCACCAGCACAUUCUCAUCGAGACACUGGGCGGCUGGUCCACCAGGCUCUGCCAAACCAAAACCCUCUGCACGAUAUCCAGGAAAGCGAGCCUUCUCAGCUUCUUCUGGACGAUCUAAGAAGUCGUCUGGUUCGUUUCCCAAGGCAUCCUCUGGGAGCACCACCCCGAAGCCAGGAUCGUCGUCUAAACCAAGACCAACGCCUAUCAGUGUUGCCAAGGUGCCACCCUCUCGAAUUCAAGAAGCGCAAGAACUUGCGAAUACACACAAGGAUCCUGACAUCAAGUGGCCACAUUUUCUCUCAGGAUUACUUAAUGAUUUCGGCCACCCAGAUCCCAACUGCAAACCACGACUGACAGAUAUUUUCAAGGACGGUAUACAGCCAACCGCGCAGUGGAAGAAAAUUCAUCUGGUUUAUCAUGUUGAUAAAAACCGCACACAGUCAGAGGAAUGGCAGCAAAUCUGUUCGGUAUUCACACCGGCACUGAACCUUUGGCGAGAACGGAUAGAAGGUACUUAUGUAUGGCCCAAGGGGUAUUAG